AGAACUUAAGAGGAACAAUUUCAAUUUACCAACAAAGAAAAAGAUAUGAAUUGUCCGAACUUAGAUAAUCAGAACUAAAAAGAAAGUUGGAACAUAUUUGUGUUAAUAAAGAAGUUCCUAGAAUAACAAAUGUGCAUGGCUAAUGGCUAUUCACUCUUUUUAAGCCAGCUAGAUGUCUAUGAAUUUUGUUUUGAGAACUUCCGGGUUGGCACGGAAUCCAAUUGCCAGAUCUGGGCUAACCACAAACUUUAUGGGCCAUCCAAUCGGCCCGAUUUAUAGAGUCCGCGUUGCUGCUGCUUCAGAACAACUCUGUGGUUCCCGGCAGCUUACAACCGCUUGUUUGAUCGCCGGGAAAUCACUGAACAUGGCGGGGGCAAAGACCGUGAUCAUAUUCGAUUUUGAUCGGACCCUGAUUGAUGAUGACAGCGAUAGAUGGGUCGUGGAGAAUAUGGGUCUGACCUAUUUGUUCAACCAGCUCCGUCCAACUUUACCUUGGAAUGCUCUCAUGGAUAGGAUGAUGGAGGAGCUACAUUCUCAAGGUAAAACAGUUGAACAGAUAGCUGAAUGUUUGAAGCACGUUCCGUUGCAUCCUCAGACAAUUUCAGCAAUAGAAUCAGCUCACGCUCUUGGAUGUGACUUAAAAGUACUUAGCGAUGCCAAUCAGUUUUACAUCGAGACUAUAUUGAAACAUCACGGAUUAUACAGAUGUUUCUCGGAGAUCAUUACAAACCCAACUAUGGUAGAUGCAGAAGGUAGACUGAGGAUCUUCCCUUACCAUGAGUUGGCUUCAUUUCAUGGUUGUAAUCUAUGCCCUCCCAACUUGUGCAAGGGUCUUGUUAUUGAGCAGAUCCAAGCUUCCAUGUCUGAUAAAAGGAAAUCAAGAUUCAUAUAUCUUGGAGACGGGAGAGGUGAUUACUGCCCAACCUUGAAGCUUGAUAGAGGAGACCAUGUGAUGCCAAGGAAGGGCUUUCCGUUGUGGGAUCGCUUGCUAAGUAAUCCAAGUCUUUUGAAAGCAGAUUGUCAUGAAUGGAGCAAUGGGGAAGAACUAGCAAGCAUCCUACUUCAGCUUGUUGAAAAAGUCUGCGAGGAAUAGAACAUAGAAAUUCUUGAUAAACAGUCUAUUGAAACUGUCAAGAUUUUUCUCCACCCUCUCUCUCUCACAACGCCAGUUCUCACACCCAGAAGAUUGAAACAGAAUCCGCCAUGGAAGAAAUCGAAUAAGCACCAAAAAGUUCUUCGCUAUUUCCCGUUUUCCCCCAAUCUCAAAUAGUUGCACCGCCCAAACCUCCCAUUCCUCCCUUCUUUGAGAUAUUCCAUUUUGUCUUUUUCUUUCUUUCUUUCGUUUUAUUCUUUUCCCCAACUUUUCUUUCUGUCAAGGCUUUGAUAGCCGCGAUUUUCUAUGUCAAGAGUCAAGAUCAAGAUGAAGAUUUAGUGGUUGAAGAGUCUGUUUAGAAAUCAAUGUCAUAUGUUUCGUAUCAAUGUCGAAAUCUGACAUAGGGUAAAUUGGGGCUGACAAUGGAGGUUCGAAAUCUGUUGCCGACGAGAUGACAUUAGGGUUAUUCUUGAACAAAGACGACGAAGUUUGGGGCUGAGCAACUUGGAGAGUCUGCUACCUUUUUUUUCGUGGUAUUUCAAUGUAUC